CUACUGCUCUUUCCCUAUGCAGCCCGUCACCUUAUAAAGAGCCGAGGAGAAGAGAAGGCAAAUCCCUCCUCUUCCCCAUCUUCUCCUCUCCUUCGUGCUCUUCGAAUCGCCAUCGCUCGCACGAUUCCUCGCCGAACGGACGUAGACGCCAAGAUCCAAGGUGCGAUUGGUUGAGGUUAAGUUUCUAUUGACAUUUCUCACGAUUAUGCUGAAAAGACCACCUUCUCGCUGCAGCCAUCCUAUUGAUGUGACUCCUUUUGAGGCAUUUUAUGAUGGGUCUUGGCAUGGAACCAAGCAUGUGAGCAUCAAGACUGGAAGUAUUUUUGUUCAAUUUAAUCAUGGAGGAUCUAUGCUAGAGGAUAAAAUCCAUGGUGAUUGUCUACGUAUGCGGUCUAGAAAAGCAAGCUCAUUUGAUUGCUCACAUUUCUUGAAGCCUGGUAUAGAUGUCUGUGUGCUUUCAGCUCUUCCAGUUGCGACGAGUUCUGAGGAAGAACUACAGACACCUUUGCUUUCAUGGCAUGAUGCCAAAAUUAUCUCAAUCAAAAAAGCUCCUCAUGUCAAUCGAUGUGCCUGCUUAUUUUCUGUGGCCUAUUGCAAGAGCAAUUCCCCAACCAGCAUGAAAAGGAGCACAAAUGAAAGAAUGGCUGAGGUAGUUACAAUUGAUAAUAUCACCAUACUUCAAAAGCUAAAAAAUGAGCCUUGUGAAAAUGGAUUCUACCAAUGGAAUUCUACUGAGGAUUGUAUCUCUUCCAGUAAAAGUAAACUUCUCAGUGAUGCAUUUUCUUCUGAAAUUUCAUGGUUGCUUGUAUUAUCUACAUUGAAAAGAAUGGAUUUUGACUUGAGGUUGAUGCAGAACAGGAUAGUUUACUAUAUUCUUUACAGUGAUGGAAAAUCCAGUAUAACUGAUGUUCAAUCAGAUGGUGAUAGUGAUGUAGUGUCUCCAAGCUCUGAUAAGAGCAUAAAGGUCAUGUGUUUUCAAAGAUUAAAUGAAUAUCUGCAACCUAAGGUUGAAACUUUUGUCUUGGGGACUCAUAAGGAAAUGCCUGUUCCAGAGAGAACCACUGAGAUGGACACAAAUGAUAGUGAUGCAGACAAUGAUCCAGAUGUUGAGAUUUUAUAUGAUCACAUGAAUUUGAGGCAUUCUAAACGUCGCAAGACACAGCCAGAUCGAUUUAGUAGUUAUUGUUCACCAAAUUUUGAUCGUUGCUCUAUCAGAAAUGUGACAUGUGAAAUGAACAGAAUGGAACAAGAUGAAACACCAACUCCUAAUUCUUCAAGAUCUGGUUUGUCAGCAGAAGAAGAACCAACUGCUGCAACCAUGCAGCAAAUGAACAUAUAUGAGGGGAAGAGUAUGAAACUUCAUUUGCAUCAUUCUCUAGUCCAAAAUAAAAUGAAACCGAAAGACUUAUGCAAGAGAGUUCAAGGAGGAAUUGUCUCCUCAUUAUCUAAUAAAUUUGAUCAUCUCUCUUCCCAGUCAUAUCAGAAAAAGGGCUCAAACAGAAAGAAAUUACUAAGUGCAGCUGAGUGCAAACAUUUGAUUGAAAAGUGCAUAGGGAACAUCAAAUGUGAAACUGAAAGAAACAUUGAGCCUGUUGUUCAGUGGCUAACACAAAAAACAACGAACUUCCCAGAAGAGCCACCAUAUUUUAGGUGGACACCAUCAGUCGAUACUCAACUUGAGAAUGAAGAGCAUGAAGACUUGUGGAAAGAAAUGGAACAAUCAUUAACCACACUUGCCCUUCUUGAACAAAACAAGGUAUUGGACUCGAAAUUUCUUGAUGGCUCCACAGACAGUUCAAUGAGAGAUCCAGAGCAGCUAGAGUGCCAUCAUGAUUACACGCUGAAGGAGGAUAUUGGAGUUAUUUGUCGGCUAUGCAACUUUAUAUGCACUGAAAUAAGAUAUGUUUCACCACCAUUUGGUGAUUAUUCAGUUGCUUGGAAAGAGAAAUUUGGUGUAAAAAAACUGGGCAUCAUGGGGCUAUACGAUUUGGAAUCAGAUCCUUUAGGUGAGGCUAUUUCCUCAUGGGACAUUUCAUUGUCAGAAGGGUGUGACGAUAUAUGGACUUUAAUACCAGAUUUUAAGUCAAAAUUACAUGCUCACCAGAAGAGAGCUUUUGAAUUUAUAUGGAGGAACAUUGCUGGAUCUUUGAAGCCAGAAGAGAUGAAUCAUCAGUCAGGCAAUACUGGUGGCUGUGUGAUCUCCCAUUCUCCUGGGUCAGGAAAAACGCUACUCAUAAUUUCAUUUCUUGUCAGCUACUUGAAGCUGUUUCCUCGAAGCCGACCUCUAGUGCUUGCUCCCAAGACUGCAGUUCAUACCUGGUGCAGAGAGUUUCAGAAAUGGGAGGUUCCAAUUCCCCUAUACCUGAUUCAUCGGGAACAAGGCUAUGGGAAAGAAUUGUCAGCCAGCAAAAUUAGAAUGUUUUCUAUAGAUGCUCGCAGGCCAAACAGAAAAAUGAUGCACAUUAUGAGUUGUGUUGAAAAGUUAAGGAUGUGGCACGAAGAACCGAGCAUUCUUCUUAUGAAUUACUCAUCUUUUUUUUCCAUGGCAAAAGAAGAUUCAAAUCUUGAAUAUAGGAGGUUCAUGGCAGGCAUAUUGCAGAAAAGCCCAGGGCUUUUGAUUCUAGAUGAAGGUCACAACCCAAGAAGCACAAAUUCCAAGUUGAGAAAGCUUCUGAUGAAAGUGAAGACUGAAUAUAGAAUUCUUCUAUCUGGAACAUUAUUUCAAAACAACUUUGAAGAAUAUUUCAACACCCUAUCUUUAGCAAGACCUCGCUUUAUUCAUGAUGCUAUAAGUGAAUUGGAUCCAUAUAUGGUCAAUAUUUUCCAUAGCAGAAAGCACAAGCGAGAAAAGAAAAAAAAUCGUAAAGAGAGAUUAGCUAGAAAACUUUUUGUAGAAAAAGUUGGCCAAAAAAUUGAGUCAAGUGAAGAAGAUGAUAGAAAGCAAGGUUUAGAUUUGUUAAACAGAAUCACGAGUGGAUUUGUUGAUGUUCAUGAAGGUGAAAUAUUAAAUAGGCUUCCUGGGUUGCAAAUCUACACUCUCCUGUUGUCAUCAACAGAUCUCCAGCGACAAAUCUUGACGAAACUACAAAACUCAGUGACACAUAAAAGGUGCCCACUUGAGCUGGAGUCACUAGUCACGGUUGGUUCUAUCCACCCAUGGCUGAUAAAAACAAUAGCAGGUGUAGAUAAUUAUUUCAGUGUAGAUGAGUUAAAGAAUGUUGAUGCAUUGAAAGAAAACUACAUGUGUGGUCCUAAAGUUAAGUUUGUAAUAGAUCUUGUGCACAAAUCCACUAGCAAAGGGGAGCGAGUUCUGAUUUUCUGUCACAAUAUCUCUCCGAUGAACCUGCUCGUACAGUAUUUUGAGCUAGUUUUUGGAUGGCAUAGGGAAGAAGAAGUCUUGGUGCUUCAAGGUGAUCAGGAGCUGUCUAUGCGUGCAAAAAUCAUGGAUAAGUUCAAUGGAGAUGUCAAGGGAAAAAGCAAGGUUUUGCUUGCAUCAACCACUGCUUGUGCUGAAGGCAUCAGUUUGACAGCAGCAUCAAGGUUGGUUAUGUUGGACUCAGAGUGGAAUCACUCAAAGACAAGGCAAGCAAUUGCUCGAGCAUUCAGGCCAGGUCAGGAGAGAGUGGUGUACGUUUAUCUGCUAUUGGCAUCAGGGACAUGGGAAGAGGGCAAGUAUGAAAGCAAUGCACGGAAGGCCUGGAUGUCAAAGAUGAUUUUCAUUGGCCAGUACAUUGAGCACGGUUCUUCUAGGCAGGCUGAUGAUAUUGAUGAUGAACUGCUGAGGGAGCUGGUGGAGGAAGAUCAGAGAAAGACAUUCCAGAUGAUAAAGAAACAUGAUUAAUUUCUUGAAUGUUUUCAGACUGAGGCUUGUGAAACUUGAUAUAAGUUUUGUCUCUAGUUGUGGGAAUAUCACCUUAUCAUUUUUCACCUGGGAAGUACAGUGAUGGAAAAGUUGUACUGCAAGUUGAAUAACAGUUCUUGCUGUUUCAAUCUGUAAAGCUCACUUUUUAAUUUUAUAUUAUUGUGGAAAUAUCUUACUAAACUCUACACUGGUAGAAGUAGGCAUGAAGGACCAACGACGUGUUACAAAGAGGAGAACAACUGGUUAUCUUGCAGAAUAAACAGGUGCAAUGGAAUGAGGAAACCUGUUUGGCAACAACUCCAUGGUUUUAUAUUCUUCGCUGGGUACAGAUUUGGACUUGGACAUAUUUCAUGAAUUCAAUGGCGGGAUGUUAAGUGCUAGCUGAACAAUUGAUUUUUAUGUUUGAUACCAGUUUUUUCUUGACGGUUUAUACUUGUGAUGAAUUUUAGGUUUUGAUAGAUCACAAUCUUUAAAUUUUGGGUUAAUUUAAUAUGUUGGCAGUAUCCUAAAAAUUAUUGAUGUAUCAAAUGAUGCUUUUCUUUUCCCCAUGUUAAUCCAAACUUUUUAGUUGA